AUGGCUUUUCAACGGCACUCGAAACAGAGUCAACAACAAUGGUACCGGGAGUUGAUUUCUAAAGUCAUCCAACUGGUGGAACAGAAUGAUCAUGGUUCAUUAGCACUUAUAGCCAGGAACUGUGGGAUACCACCGCAGUUACGACAUCUGGUAUGGCCUAUGCUUCUUAAAUAUCAUCCGUUCGUGAUUUCUCCUAGUAUUUUGUCUAAUACGCUUAUACAUGACAAAACUGAAGACAAAUGGGUAUAUGAAUCAGAGGAUCGGACGGCUGAAGAGAUCGAAAGCGCAGUUGUUCAUGAUUUACAUAAAUAUUUUAUGAACAAGAGAAGUGAGUCGCAUAUGCCGCUGCCAGAUGUUGAGCAUCAUAUGCAGUUUCUGAAGGACACGAUUCUGAAGUUUUUAACUAAGUGGAGUCGGAUAUUCAAGUAUGAAGUCGCAUUGAGCUGGAUUGCUAUUGGUUUGGCGGAAUGGGUGCCAAUUGAUGAAGCUUAUGGGGAAUUAGAUGGUGAUGGGUGUAGCGCGGAUAGGAAUGGGGAGCUUUCGCGAGUUCCAAUUUCGAAAAGUAGAUUGAAUGAGAUGAAUGUGCUUCAAGGGAAGCGGCAUCAUAUUGCUAUUCAAUCUCUUUACAAGGAAUAUCCGCUUCCUCGAGAGUUGAGCGCUAAGUUGCCAAAGCGUUGCUUUAACUUUUAUGAAAUAUUUGAGAGGUUGGUGCUCGUUAUUCUACAUUGCCCUGAUGUUACCCAGACUAAAAUGACGGUGGAUGAUGGACACAAUUAUCCCUUUAUUUCGGGUGGCGAUAUACUAUUCCAAACACAGUUGUUUUUUAAAAUCUUCCAAAUCAUAUUGCCUGAACUGUUUCAGCCGUUCACAGAUGAGGAAACCUUGCAUGCCUCACGGAAAGCGGACUGGCUUUACUGGUGGUUCAAGUCAUGUGGGUCCAAGGUCAUGCACAAACAGGAUCGCGCACAUUUGUGGGAUAUCUUACUUGGUUGGAGGCCACACCCAGCUUCAUUACAUUUUUACUUGAACUACAACAACAAAUCUUUCGCACACCUCUAUAAUACUAAACUGAAGCUGGACUCGCAUUUUUUUAACAAGGUAUGCCGAAAUGGAAGCGACAACUUUUGGUUUCCUGACCUAGAUACCUUGCCCUUGGGGUCCAAAGGGCUAGAAACUGAUUAUCAGGUAGUAAAGGAAUUGAUUCGUAGAAAUAGAUAUGAUGGUGCACAUUCCGCAAGUUUAUCAACGUUUCCACAGGAAACUUCUCAGUACAAUUGUCGCCCGAAUCGUCGUGCUCGCAGGCAGCACAAGGAAAUCCCUUUUUCACUGUUAGAUCCGCACGUGCAACUGCUAUUUAUAUACAUCGCUAUUUUGCAACAGAAUGAGUUCAAGUUGCUCGAAUUUGAAGAAGCUGAGAUAGCGGAAUUUCUAACCAAAGUGCCCUUGCUUUCCAAAACUGAUGAUUACAACUAUAAAAGACUAUAUGAUGAUGACUCUAUCAGUAUGUCUUCUACAGAUACUGAAGACUCCCAAAAUUCAUCUUCUAGACCUUCCACAUCUUCUCAUAUGCUAAUUGAAGUGGGCACAGAUGAUAAAGUUGCUAAUUCGUUUGAUGAUAUCUUCCAGUUGGCUGGCGAUAUUUGUAGAAAAUGGAUUUGGUUUGAAUUCCAAGAAAAUAACGACAGUGUCUAA